AAGAACCCAACCGAACAGGGCAACAAGCUAGUUAGCUAAGCACGGACAGUGUUCUGGUGUCCUAUAUAUACACACACAAAGACACACAAUUUGCUCUAUUAGUAAAAUUAGGGUUUCAUUCAUCACCACCCCCAAAUCUAAUUUAUUACAACUACUCAAGCAAUUCACCCUCAAAACCCUCGAUUCACUAGAACGAGUUCACUCAGUUGAACGCAAAACCCUCCGCCAUGCCGAUCAUUACCGUAUAAAACCCUAAUUUAUACUCACACAAAAACUAGGGUUUGUAAUUAGGGUUUGUGUCAAGAUGAGUCCGAUUCAGAAUUUCGAGCAGCACUCUCGUCACCUCGUCGAACCUGACCUCGCGAUUCAAAUGAGGCUACAGAUGGCGAUGGAGGUUCGAGAUAGUUUAGAGAUUACGCAUACAGGGGAGUACUUGAAUUUUCUUAAGUGUUACUUUAGAGCGUUCUCGGUGAUACUAUAUCAAAUUACUAAGCCACAGUUUACUGAUAAUCCUGAGCAUAAACUUAGAAAUGUAGUUGUAGAGAUAUUGAAUCGUCUUCCGCACAGUGAAGUGCUGCGCCCGUUUGUUCAGGACCUUUUGAAAGUGGCAAUGCAUGUGCUUACGACCGAUAAUGAAGAAAAUGGGUUGAUAUGUAUACGUAUUAUUUUUGAUCUUUUGAGGAACUUUAGGCCGACUUUGGAGAAUGAAGUUCAGCCCUUUCUGGAUUUUGUGUGUAAGAUUUACCAGAACUUUAGGUUGACUGUUACCCAUUUUUUCGAGAGUGGGGCAGUACCACCCCCUGCGCCAGCAAUAUCGGGUUCAAAUUCUACUACUUCUGCAUUGUCUACUAUUGAAGAUGUCAAGCCGCUAGCUAUGGAUAUAUCGGAUCAAAUGAGUCCUACGGCUGGGGCAGGUCAACUUAAUCCAAGUACUCGGUCUUUUAAGAUUGUUACGGAGAGUCCAUUGGUAGUUAUGUUUUUAUUCCAGCUGUACAGCAGACUAGUUCAGAUCAACAUUCCCCAUCUGCUGCCUCAGAUGGUUGCGGCGAUAUCCAUCCCUGGUCCUGAAAAGGUUCCACCCCAUUUGAAGGGCCACUUUGUUGAGCUUAAGGGAGCACAAGUUAAGACGGUCUCCUUCCUAACUUAUCUGUUAAAGAGUUUUGCUGAUUGGAUUAGACCUCAUGAAGAAAGUAUAUGCAAAAGCAUUGUCAACUUGCUUGUGACAUGUUCAGACUCUGUUUCUAUUCGAAAAGAACUGCUCGUAGCAUUGAAGCACGUGCUUGGGACUGAUUUUAAGAGGGGGUUGUUUCCUCUCAUCGACACACUCUUGGAAGAAAGAGUCCUGGUGGGAACUGGCCGAGCUUGUUUUGAAACAUUAAGGCCACUGGCUUAUAGUCUUCUGGCAGAAAUUGUUCAUCAUGUCAGGGGUGACUUAUCCUUGUCACAGUUGUCGCGAAUUAUAUACCUCUUCUCAAGUAACAUGCAUGAUGCGUCAUUAUCACUUAGCAUUCACACUACCUGCGCGCGCCUUAUGUUAAAUCUGGUGGAGCCUAUUUUUGAGAAAGGUGUCGACUUGCCUUCUAUGGAUGAAGCACGGAUAUUGUUGGGACGAAUUCUGGAUGCGUUUGUUGGCAAGUUCAGCACUUUCAAACGAACUAUUCCUCAGCUACUGGAGGAGGGGGAGGAAGGCAAAGAUCAAGUAACACUUAGGUCAAAGCUUGAACUUCCUGUGCAGGCUGUUCUUAAUCUGCAGGUUCCGGUUGAGCAUUCCAAGGAAGUUAGUGAUUGUAAGCAUUUGAUUAAAACACUGGUUAUGGGAAUGAAGACUAUCAUAUGGAGUAUCACUCAUGCACAUUUACCCCGAUCACAGGUUUCACCAUCCAUACACGGGACACCUCCACAACCUCCACAGGCUAAUUUGUCAAUCCCACAGCCAUUUAAGGGGAUGAGAGAAGACGAGGUGUGGAAAGCAUCUGGUGUUCUAAAGAGUGGCGUGCAUUGCUUAGCUUUGUUUAAGGAAAAAGAUGAAGAGAGGGAAAUGGUCCAUCUCUUCUCUCAGAUUUUGGCUAUAAUGGAACCUCGUGAUCUUAUGGAUAUGUUCUCUUUAUGUAUGCCGGAACUCUUUGAGUGCAUGAUAUCCAACACUCAGUUAGUCCACAUAUUCUCUACGCUUCUACAAGCUCCUAAGGUUUUUAGGCCUUUCGCAGAUGUUUUGGUUAAUUUUCUUGUGAGCAGCAAACUUGAUGUUCUUAAGCAUCCAGAUUCCCCUGCAGCGAAACUUGUUUUGCAUCUUUUCCGUUUUCUGUUUGGUGCUGUUGCGAAGGCUCCAUCAGAUUGUGAACGAAUUUUGCAGCCUCAUGUGCCUGUUAUAAUGGAAACUUGCAUGAAAAAUGCUGCGGAAGUUGAGAGGCCCCUUGGUUAUCUGCAACUACUUCGUACAAUGUUUCGUGCACUUGGAGGCGGAAAGUUUGAACUUCUUCUUCGGGAUUUGAUACCUACACUGCAACCAUGCUUGAAUAUGCUAUUGGCUAUGCUUGAAGGCCCUGUUGGUGAAGAUAUGAGGGAUCUUCUGCUGGAACUUUGCUUGACCCUUCCUGCACGCCUAAGCUCUUUGCUCCCACACCUACCCCGUCUUAUGAAGCCUUUAGUUAUGUGUCUCAAUGGAAGUGGCGACCUUGUGAGUCUGGGUUUGAGGACGCUUGAGUUUUGGAUAGACAGUUUGAAUCCUGAUUUCUUGGAACCAAGUAUGGCCAGUGUUAUGUCUGAGGUGAAUCUGGCACUAUGGUCUCACUUGAGACCAGCUCCCUAUCUUUGGGGUGGGAAAUCCUUGCAAUUACUCGGCAAGUUAGGUGGUCGUAACAGACGCUUUCUAAAGGAACCUUUGGCCCUUGAGUGCAAGGAAAACCCGGAGCAUGGACUUCGAUUGAUCCUUACAUUUCAGCCCUCAACACCAUUUUUGGUACCUCUGGAUCGUUGUAUAAAUCUUGCUGUUACAGCUGUUAUGCACAAGAACAAUGGCGUGGAUGCUUUCUACCGGAAACAAGCUCUAAAAUUUCUCCGUGUGUGCUUGUCUUCUCAGCUUAAUUUGCCAGGGAAUAUUGUUGAUGAGAGUUUUACAUGCGGGCAUCUGUCGACUAUAUUGAACUCUACAGUUGAUUUAAGAGGAACUGAGACGCCAGAUAUAAAGGCUGACUUGGGUGUAAAGACAAAGACCCAACUUAUGGCGGAGAAGUCUGUUUUCAAGAUUCUUCUGAUGACUAUCAUUGCCACAAGUUCAGAACCUGAGUUACAUGAUCCCAAGGAUGAAUCUGUUGUCAAUAUAUGCCGCCAUUUUGCAAUCCUUUUUCACAUAGAAAAUGCCUCAGCCAGUACCUCUAGUUCUUCAGCCACACUUGGCGGUUCUUUGCUAUCAUCAAGCUCAAAAUUAAGGAACAAUACUUCUACUAAUUUAAAGGAGCUUGAUCCAAUGAUAUUUUUGGAUGCGUUAGUGGAGGUGCUAGCAGAUGAAAAUAGGACACAUGCUAAAGCUGCUCUUGCUGCACUGAACAUCUUUGCUGAGACCCUUCUGUUUCUUGCACGCUCAAAACACAAUGACACACUUUUGUCAAGAGGUGGCCCAGGAACUCCUAUGAUUGUCUCUAGUCCAUCCAUGAGUCCUGUUUAUUCCCCGCCUGCAAGCAUCCGUAUCCCUGUGUUUGAGCAACUUCUACCUCGUCUUUUGCAUUGUUGCUAUGGAAGUACAUGGCAAGCACAGAUUGGAGGAGUGAUGGGGCUCGGUGCUUUGGUUGGAAAGGUCACUGUAGAAACUUUGUGCAUAUUUCAGGUGAGGGUUAUUCGAGGGCUCGUAUAUGUUCUUAAACGGCUUCCUGUAUUUGCUACCAAAGAGCAGGAAGAGACUAGUCAGGUCCUAACCCAAGUUCUUCGUGUGGUCAAUAAUGUUGAUGAAGCAAACAGUGAAGCACGAAGACAAAGUUUUCAAGGAGUUGUAGAAUUUCUUGCAUCAGAAUUAUUCAAUGCCAAUGCGUCACUGAAUGUAAGGAAGAUUGUACAGUCAUGUUUGGCUCUUUUGGCGAGUAGAACUGGUAGUGAGGUUUCUGAAUUGCUUGAGCCUCUGUACCAGCCUUUGCUACAGCCUCUUAUUGUUCGUUCUCUACGAGCAAAGACUGUCGAUCAGCAGGUUGGAACAGUUACUGCUUUAAAUUUUUGCUUGGCCUUGAGGCCUCCGCUGCUUAAGUUGACGCAAGAACUAGUAAGUUUUCUGCAAGAUGCACUACAAAUAGCCGAGGCUGAUGAAUCUGUGUGGGUUGUGAAGUUUAUGAACCCAAAAGUGGUCACAUCAUUGAACAAACUUCGUACUGCAUGCAUUGAGCUGUUAUGUACUGCUAUGGCUUGGGCAGAUUUUAAGACACAAAACCAUUCGGAAUUGCGGGCAAAAGUUAUAUCAAUGUUUUUUAAGUCUUUGACGAGCAGGACACCGGAAAUUGUAGCUGUUGCUAAAGAGGGCCUAAGACAGGUUAUUUUGCAGCAAAGGAUGCCCAAGGAGCUUUUACAGAGUAGCCUACGGCCUAUAUUAGUUAACUUGGCACAUACCAAGAAUCUUAGUAUGCCUCUUUUGCAAGGUCUGGCCCGCCUACUUGAGCUCCUGUCCAACUGGUUUAACGUUACCUUGGGAGGCAAAUUGUUGGAGCACCUUAAGAAAUGGUUAGAACCUGAAAAGCUUGCACAGUGCCAAAAAUCGUGGAAGCCUGGUGAAGAGCCAAAGAUAGCAGCUGCUAUUAUCGAGCUCUUUCAUCUUCUUCCUAACGCAGCAGGGAAAUUUCUUGAUGAACUUGUAACAUUGACCAUUGAUUUAGAGACUGCACUCCCCCCAGGACAGUUUUAUAGUGAGAUUAAUAGUCCGUACCGUCUUCCGCUUACUAAAUUUUUAAACAAGUAUCCUACUGCUGGCGUUGACUAUUUCCUUGCUCGUCUGAACCAGCCAAAAUAUUUCCGGAGAUUUAUGUACAUAAUCCGAUCAGAUGCUGGUCAACCUUUGAGGGAAGAACUUGCCAAGUCUCCAGAUAAAAUACUUGCAAAUGCCUUUUCUGAAUUUCUGCCAAAGUCUGAGGCAUCAGCAGCUCAGGCCACCUUCGCAUCAUCCUCAGUCGGCGACGAGGCCCUUGUUGCUCCUCCACCUGAACCAUCUAACCAGACAACUGCACCUCCUGCAGGGACGACGGAUGCUUAUUUUCAAGGACUUGCUCUAGUAAAAACAUUGGUCAAGUUAAUGCCAGGAUGGCUGCACAGUAAUCGUGCUGUUUUUGACAUAUUAGUUCUUUUGUGGAAGUCACCUGCAAGAAUAGCUCGUUUACAGAAUGAGCAGGAACUGAACUUGGUGCAAGUGAAAGAAAGCAAAUGGCUAGUCAAAUGUUUCCUGAAUUACCUGCGCAAUGAUAAAACUGAAGUCAAUGUGCUAUUUGAUAUUCUAUCCAUCUUCUUGUUUCAUACCCGCAUUGAUUUCACUUUCCUCAAGGAGUUUUAUAUUAUUGAGGUGGCUGAAGGAUAUGAAACAAAUAUGAAGAAAACUCUCCUGCUGCAUUUUUUGGACAUUUUUCAGUCAAAGCAACUAGGCCAUGAUCAUUUGGUGGUUAUAAUGCAAAUGCUCAUUCUUCCUAUGUUAGCUCAUACUUUUCAGAAUAAUCAAACUUGGGAUGUAAUCGAUACCAAUAUAAUUAAGACAAUUGUUGACAGCCUUCUUGAUCCCCCAGAAGAGGUCUCUGCUGAUUAUGAUGAGCCAUUGAGGAUUGAACUUUUACAGCUUGCAACUUUACUUCUCAAGUAUCUUCAGACUGACCUUGUUCACCAUCGGAAAGAACUGAUCAAGUUUGGCUGGAAUCAUCUCAAACGCGAAGAUAGUGCUAGUAAGCAGUGGGCAUUUGUUAAUGUUUGCCACUUCCUGGAGGCAUAUCAGGCCCCUGAGAAAAUUAUACUCCAGGUAUUUGUCGCUCUUCUUCGUACAUGCCAACCAGAGAAUAAGAUGUUGGUCAAGCAAGCUCUCGACAUACUAAUGCCAGCUCUUCCACGAAGAUUGCCUAUGGGCGACUCUCGUAUGCCGAUAUGGAUACGUUACACUAAAAAGAUUCUUGUUGAGGAAGGGCACUCGGUCCCUAACCUGAUCCACAUUUUCCAGCUCAUUGUGAGGCAUUCUGAUCUCUUCUAUAAUUGCAGAGCUCAAUUUGUACCCCAGAUGGUCAAUUCUCUGAGCCGCCUUGGGCUACCGUAUAACACUACUACAGAGAAUCGCCGACUUGCAAUUGAACUUGCUGGGUUGGUGGUUAGUUGGGAGCGACAGAGACAAAAAGAAACUAUUGGAAUGGCGGACGGCGACCUCUUAAGUCAGAAUAGCGAAAAUAUUAAUCAUAGUUCUGGGGCUACUGAGCCUAAGCGUCCAGGGGAUGCUUCUACAUUUUCCGAAGAUUUGACUAAGCGAUUAAAGGUUGAGCCUGGCCUUCAAUCCCUUUCUGUUAUGUCACCUGGUGGUGCCUCAUCAGUUCCUAACAUUGAAACACCAGGAUCUGCUGGACAACCUGAUGAAGAAUUUAAGCCGAAUGCUGCAAUGGAGGAAAUGAUUAUUAAUUUUCUGAUACGAGUGGCCUUGGUUAUAGAACCAAAGGAUAAGGAGGCGAGUCUGAUGUAUAAACAAGCUUUGGAACUCCUAUCACAUGCUCUAGAUGUGUGGCCAAAUGCAAAUGUUAAAUUUAACUAUUUGGAAAAGCUUCUAAGCAGCAUACAGCCAACUCAGUCAAAGGACCCAUCUACAGCGCUCGCUCAGGGAUUGGAUGUGAUGAACAAAGUUUUGGAGAAACAGCCACAUUUAUUCAUUAGGAAUAAUAUAAGUCAAAUAUCUCAAAUUCUUGAGCCUUGUUUCAAGUAUAAAAUGUUAGACGCUGGGAAGUCAUUAUGUUCCCUAUUGAAGAUGGUUUUUCUAGCAUUUCCUUCUGAAUCCCCAAGUACUCCGCCGGAUGUGAAGACACUGUAUAUGAAGGUAAAUGAUCUUAUUCAGAAGCAUCUUGGUGCUGUUGCCGCUCCACCUACAGCUGGGGAAGAUAACUCUGCCCAAAUGAUUAGCUUUGUGCUAUUUGUCAUGAAAACUCUGGCGGAGGUGCAAGAAAACAUCAUUGAUCCUUACAAUUUAGUUCGGGUUUUUCAACGCUUGGCACGAGAUAUGGGAUCAGCAACCGGUUCCUAUGCGAAACAAGGUCAAAGAACAGAUCCAGAUUCAGCUGUGAGUUCUUCUCGCCAAGGUGCUGAUUUGGGAGUUAUCAUUGAUAAUCUUAAAUCUGUGUUGAAACUUAUCAGUCAGCGGGUUAUGCUUGUUCCGGACUGUAAGCGAUUAGUUACUCAGAUUCUAAAUUCUUUACUGUCGGAGAAGGGGAUUGAUCAGACUGUUCUCCUCUGCGUACUUGAUGUCGUAAAGGGGUGGAUUGAAGACAAUAUUGGUCUUUCUGGAAUGGCUGCUGCAUCUAGUAAUUUUCUCACACCAAAAGAAGUAGUUGCUUUCCUUCAGAAGCUUUCGCAGGUUGAUAAGCUGAAUUUCUCCACAAUUUCUAUUGAAGAGUGGGACAGCAAAUAUCUUCAACUUCUCUAUGGACUUUGUGCAGAUUCAAAUAAGUUUCCGCUUUCCCUGCGCCAAGAAGUUUUUCAGAAGAUUGAGAGGCAAUAUUUGCUUGGUUUAAGGGCAAAGGAUCCUGAGAUCAGGAUGAAGUUCUUUUGUCUAUAUCAUGAUUCUCUGGGCAAAACACUUUUUACAAGGCUGCAAUACAUCAUACAGAUUCAAGAUUGGGAAGCUUUAAGCGACGUCUUCUGGCUUAAGCAAGGCCUUGAUCUUCUUCUUGCCAUCUUAGUAGAGGAUAAGCCUAUAACACUUGCACCAAAUUCUGCUAAAUUACCCUCGCUUUUAGUUUCAAAUUCUCUUUCUGAUAUUUCGGUGAAGCAACCUAUGAUCACAGAUGCUACAGAGAGCGGUGAGGAUGUCCCUUUAACGUUUGAUGCCCUUGUUUUAAAGCACGGCCAGUUUCUAAGCCAAAUGAGCCGACUUCAGGUUGCUGAUCUCGUUGUUCCAUUGAGAGAAUUGGCCCAUACAGAUGCAAAUGUUGCAUAUCAUUUGUGGGUCUUGGUGUUCCCAAUUGUGUGGGUGACCUUACACAAGGAGGAACAAGUGGCACUUGCUAAGCCGAUGAUAAAUUUGUUGUCAAAAGAUUAUCACAAAAAGCAGCAGUCAAGCAGACCAAACGUUGUGCAAGCUCUUAUGGAAGGUCUCCAAUUAAGCCACCCUCAGCCGCGAAUGCCUAGCGAGCUCAUUAAAUAUAUUGGAAAAACAUAUAAUGCUUGGCACAUUGCAUUGGGGCUUCUGGAAAGCCAUGUUAUGUUGUUUUUGAAUGAUUCAAAGUGCUCAGAGUCUCUGGCUGAGCUUUAUCGCUUGCUUAAUGAAGAAGAUAUGAGAUGUGGAUUGUGGAAGAAGCGCUCAAUGACAGCUGAAACAAGGGCUGGGCUUUCACUUGUCCAACAUGGUUAUUGGCAGCGAGCUCAAAGCCUCUUCUAUCAAGCCAUGCUCAAGGCAACUCAGGGGACUUACAGCAACACUGUUCCCAAAGCUGAGAUGUGCCUUUGGGAAGAGCAGUGGCUAUAUUGUGCUAGCCAACUCAGUCAGUGGGAUGUGCUGGUUGACUUUGGCAAACUUGUGGAAAAUUAUGAAAUAUUGCUCGAUAGUCUCUGGAAGCAGCCUGAUUGGACCUAUUUGAAAGAUCAUGUAAUACCGAAGGCUCAAGUUGAAGAAACUCCAAAACUCCGUAUCAUUCAGGCUUACUUCUCUCUUCAUGAAAAUAAAACAAAUGGUGUAGCCGAUGCAGAAAAUAUUGUGGGGAAAGGGGUAGAUCUUGCUUUGGAACAGUGGUGGCAGUUACCUGAAAUGUCUAUUCAUUCUCGAAUUCCUCUCUUGCAUCAAUUUCAGCAAUUAGUUGAGAUUCAAGAAUCCGCUAGAGUUAUAGUUGACAUUGCUAACGGCAACAAACCUGCUGGAACUUCUGCUGUUGGUAUGCAUGGUGGUCUGUAUGCAGAUCUCAAAGAUAUCCUUGAAACGUGGAGACUUCGUACUCCAAACGAGUGGGACAAUUCCUCUGUUUGGUAUGAUCUGCUUCAGUGGAGAAAUGAAAUGUAUAAUUCAGUGAUUGAUGCUUUCAAAGAUUUUGGCUCAACUAAUUCACAACUCCAUCACCUUGGUUACCGUGACAAGGCAUGGAAUGUUAACAAGCUUGCCCACAUUGCUCGUAAACAGGGUUUACAUGAUGUUUGUGUUUCUAUUUUGGACAAGAUGUAUGGACAUUCGACCAUGGAAGUGCAGGAGGCCUUUGUGAAAAUAAGAGAGCAGGCUAAGGCUUAUCUGGAAAUGAAGGGGGAGCUCACCAAUGGGCUUAAUUUAAUAAACAGUACAAAUCUUGAAUAUUUUCCUGUCAAGCACAAAGCAGAGAUUUUUCGUCUCAAGGGAGAUUUCUUGCUGAAGUUAAAUGAUUGUGAAGGCGCCAAUCUUGCAUACUCAAAUGCAAUAAGCCUUUUCAAGAAUUUGCCUAAAGGAUGGAUCAGCUGGGGAAAUUAUUGUGACAUGGCUUACAAAGAGACCAAUGAAGAAAUUUGGCUAGAAUAUGCUGUGAGCUGCUUUCUUCAAGGUAUCAAAUUUGGAAUUUCCAACUCCAGAAGCCACUUAGCUCGUGUGCUCUAUCUUCUCAGUUUUGAUACUCCAAAUGAACCUGUUGGAAGAGCAUUUGACAAGUACUUGGAACAAAUUCCACACUGGGUUUGGCUCUCUUGGAUUCCCCAGCUCUUACUUUCUUUGCAGAGGACAGAAGCCUCCCAUUGUAAGCUUGUGUUGCUAAAAAUUGCUACCGUAUUUCCACAGGCGUUAUAUUACUGGCUACGAACAUACUUGCUAGAGCGCCGAGAUGUUGCAAAUAAAUCUGAAUUUGGUCGAAUGGCAAUGGCUCAGCAAAGAAUGCAGCAGAAUGCUUCUAUGUCCGGAUCUGUAGGAUUGGCUGAUAGCAAUGCUAGGUUAGCGAGUCAUGGCGGGAGUUCAUUAACCUCUGACAAUCAGGUUCACCAAGGUAACCAAGCGAGUGGUACAGCUGUCUCCAAUGAUGGCGGAAACACCCAGAUGCAAGAUUCUGAAAGAUCUUCAGCUGUUGAAGGUGGCGGGAAUGACCAAACUUUGCAGCAGACUUCUUCAAACGUUAAUGAUAGUGGCCAGAAUGGUCUAAGGCGGACAGGUGCUCUGGGAUUGGUUGCUUCUGCUGCCAGUGCAUUUGAUGCUGCAAAGGAUGUGAUGGAAGCUCUUAGAAGCAAGCACAAUAAUCUGGCUAGUGAACUUGAGAUUCUUCUGACAGAAAUUGGAUCAAGGUUUGUCACCUUGCCAGAGGAGAGAUUGCUGGCAGUUGUUAAUGCACUGCUCCACCGAUGCUACAAGUACCCGACUGCAACUACUGCUGAGGUACCCCAAUCUCUCAAGAAGGAGUUGUCUGGUGUUUGUAGAGCCUGUUUUUCUGCAGAUGCUGUGAACAAACAUGUUGAAUUCGUGAGAGAGUACAAACAGGAGUUUGAGCGUGAUCUUGAUCCAGAGAGCACCACCACAUUUCCUGCAACACUUUCAGAACUUACAGAACGGCUCAAGCACUGGAAAAAUGUCCUCCAAAGCAAUGUUGAGGACAGGUUCCCUGCUGUCCUAAAGUUGGAAGAAGAAAGCAGGGUGUUGCGUGAUUUCCAUGUUGUUGACGUGGAAGUACCAGGUCAAUACUUUGCGGAUCAGGAAGUAGCUCCUGAUCAUACUAUAAAAUUGGACCGAGUUGGAGCCGAUGUUCCAAUUGUGCGAAGGCACGGCAGUAGUUUUCGUCGUUUGACUCUUAUUGGCUCAGAUGGCUCUCAACGUCAUUUUAUUGUUCAAACAUCUUUAACCCCCAACGCUAGAAGUGACGAGCGUAUAUUGCAGCUUUUUCGUGUGAUGAACCAAAUGUUUGAUAAGCACAAAGAAUCAAGACGUCGCCACAUAUGCAUUCACACGCCAAUUAUCAUUCCUGUUUGGUCUCAGGUAAGGAUGGUGGAAGAUGAUUUGAUGUACAGCACCUUCCUUGAGGUUUAUGAGAAUCAUUGCGCUAGGAAUGACCGAGAAGCAGAUUUACCUAUUACCUACUUCAAGGAGCAGCUGAAUCAAGCAAUUUCUGGCCAAAUAUCACCAGAUGCUGUAGUAGAUCUUCGCCUGCAAGCUUAUAAUGACAUAACAAAAAAUGUUGUUACCGACAGCAUAUUUUCUCAGUACAUGUACAAAACCUUGCUAAAUGGGAACCAUAUGUGGGCUUUCAAAAAGCAGUUUGCCAUUCAGUUAGCUCUUUCAAGUUUUGUGUCGUUUAUGCUACAAAUUGGGGGGAGGUCUCCAAACAAAAUAUUAUUUGCUAAGAAUACCGGAAAGAUAUUCCAAACUGAUUUCCAUCCAGCAUAUGAUGCCAAUGGGAUGAUUGAGUUUAAUGAACCUGUGCCAUUCCGCUUGACAAGAAAUUUGCAGGCAUUUUUCUCCCAUUUUGGUGUGGAAGGACUCAUUGUGUCUGCCAUGUCAUCUGCAGCCCAGGCAGUUGUUUCACCUAAACAAAGUCAGCAUCUAUGGCAUCAUCUGGCAAUGUUUUUCCGUGAUGAGCUGUUAUCUUGGUCUUGGAGGAGGCCACUUGGGAUUAACCUCGGCCCUGUUGUUGGGGGAAGUACCUUGAAUCCUACUGAUUUCAGACAGAAGAUCACGACAAAUGUUGAGCAUGUUAUUGACAGAAUAAAUUCGAUUGCCCCGCAAUAUAUAUCUGAAGAGGAGGAGAAUGCUGUAGAUCCGCCACAGUCUGUACAGAGGGGCGUGACGGAGCUGGUAGAAGCUGCCUUGACGCCCCGAAACUUGUGUAUGAUGGACCCAACGUGGCAUCCCUGGUUCUAAUUUAACUGAACUUGUAAAUAUCUACUUAGUUGCAGUUGAGAAAGCUUUGUCGAGUCUUUGUAGUCUGUAGUCAUAGUCUGUAAUAUACAACUAAUUCAACUUGAUGUCUGUGGGUAGCUUCUAAUGGUUUAAUGAAUUGAAUGUGAAUAUCUGCGUAAUGUUAAUGGUAUUCGCAGACUUGACUUCA